AUGGCCGGCAUUCCCCCAUCUCCGCUCUUCUUCAGGCAACCGAUACGCUACCUCAGAUGGGCGUCUAUAAACAAGCCCGCAUACUUCUACUCAAUUAUCGUCGGUGUCACGGGUCCUAUAAUGCUGGUAACGGUGCCGCCGAUCCGGAGAUACUUGGGCGAGGAGCAGAUUGCGAAGAUCCCCAUGACCUAUCCUGUACCAAAGGGACCACGACCGAGGCCGACGGGAUUUGAUGACGAGUAG